AUGAUUUGCUUGUGGCUCCUAUCUCUUCUUACUUAUGGACUUACACUGCUGCAGGGAGUGGGUUGCUGGACAUACCAUUAUUCAGAUACAAACAUGACCUACAGAGAAGCAGAGCUGUGGUGCAAAAAGAGGUAUACUAACAUGGUUGCCAUUCAGAAUAAGGAGGAAAUCAACUACCUCAAUAAUGUCUUACCCUUCAAUCCGGGUUACUACUGGAUCGGAAUCAGAAAAAUUAAUGAGGUAUGGACCUGGAUUGGAACUAACAAAGAACUGACAGAAGAGGCAAAAAACUGGGCUUCAGGUGAGCCAAAUGGCAAAGGGAACAAUGAGGACUGCGUUGAAAUCUACAUCAAAAGAGGGAAGGAUGAUGGCAAAUGGAAUGAUGAGCAGUGUGAGAAAAAGAAAGUCGCCUUGUGCUACACAGCUUCUUGCAACCCAUCUCUCUGUAGUGGCCGUGGAGAAUGCAUAGAAACUAUUAACAACCACACUUGCCAUUGCAACCCUGGAUUCUAUGGGCCUGAAUGCGAGUUUGUUGAGAGCUGUGAUCCACUAAAGAAACCUGAUCAUGGGAGCCUCAAAUGCGACCACCCGUUGGAGAACUUCAGCUACAACUCAUCCUGCACGGUUCAAUGUGAGGAAGGCUAUGAGCUGACUGCAGCAGAGUCUAUAUUCUGUACCUCUUCUGGGGACUGGUCUGCUCCCCUUGCAGCAUGCAAAGCUGUGACCUGUCCUGCCUUAGAAGUGCCUGCUCAUGGUACUGUGAACUGCUCUCAUCCCUCUGUGGAGCUCUCCUGGGGAACCACCUGCGAGUUCACUUGUGAGGAAGGUUUUACCCUGACAGGACCAGCCUCACUGCAGUGUGGGUCUUCUGGGGCCUGGGACAGGCAGCAGCCAUCCUGUGCAGCUGUGAGGUGUGAGGCUGUAACUUGGCCAGAAGAAGGCUUUGUGACCUGUGACCACACUCCUGCAGAUCUCACCUAUCGCUCACGUUGUCAUUUCACCUGCAGUGAGGGCUACCUUCUGGAUGGCCCAACCAGCAUUGAGUGCAUGGCACAAGGACAGUGGUCACAGCCACUGCCAAAAUGCAAAGCUGUGGCCUGUCCUGCCUUAGAAAUGCCUGCUCAUGGUGCUGUGAACUGCUCUCAUCCCUCUGUGGAGCUCCCCUGGGGAACCACCUGUGAGUUUAGCUGUGAGGAAGGAUUUACCCUGACAGGACCAGCCACACUGCAGUGUGGGUCUUCUGGGGCCUGGGACAGGCAGCAGCCAUCCUGUGCAGCUGUGAGGUGUGAGGCUGUAACUUGGCCAGAAGAAGGCUUUGUGACCUGUGACCACACUCCUGCAGAUCUCACCUAUCGCUCACGUUGUCAUUUCACCUGCAGUGAGGGCUACCUUCUGGAUGGCCCAACCAGCAUUGAGUGCAUGGCACAAGGACAGUGGUCACAGCCACUGCCAAAAUGCAAAGUUGUACAGUGUGAACCACUGAGCUCUCCGGAGAAAGGCUUCAUGGAUUGUUCACAUGGUGCUGGGAACUUCACUUACAACACAGCCUGCCACUUCAGCUGUCUGGAAGGAUGGAGGCUCAAUGGUUCUCAUGUUCUUGAGUGCAGUGAUUCAGGGAACUGGACUGCUAUCCUGCCCACAUGUGAAGCUUCUGAACAAGCCAGCUAUAUCUCUGUGGGCAUAGCAGCCACAAGUGCCUCCCUGUUGUCCACAGCAUCAUUCCUCCUUUGGCUUGCAAGACAUUUCCGAAGAAAAGCAAAGAAAUUUACUCCUUCAAGUAGCUGCCAGACCCUAACUAUUGAUGGGAGUUUCCAGAGUGCUGGCCAGAAUGUCUAA